GACUUUGACAAGGAUUAUGAUGAGGUGGAGAAGCAGGCCCGCUUUGGUGCUUUCGCUGACAACUAUGAGUACAUCCAGAGGGAGAAUUCCAAAGGCCACUCUUACAAGCUGGGCUUGAACGAGUUCUCAGACAUGACGCUGGAUGAGUUCAAGAUGAACAGGCUGGUGGACUGCUCCAAGAAGUUCGGCAACCAGGGCUGCAGCGGUGGCCUCAUGGAUAAUGGCUUCAAGUACGAGGAGCAGGCCCCUGUGUGCACGGAGGACUCCGCUUGA